CAGCAUCAACAACAACAUUCUUUGAGGAGAGUUGAGGCGAGACUCCCCGCCCCCGUCAGCCCAGCCACCACUCUUCAGGCACACUGCACCUACUAUCAAGAACUACCUACUGCCACCGACUCCUGCAGCAGUGGACACCGAGGCUGUACACUCCAUAAUCUUCUCCACAAAUUUGGACUAGCAGAGCACACAAGUCCCGUCGCUGUCCUUCAUGCCAACAACACUAGUGAUCAAGAAUAUUCAGCUGACAGUUACCAGUUCAGUGUGUAAUUACUAAUUAUGAGUGAGGAUAUCAAGUUUAUCGUCUCUGAGCUCAACAAAGAGCCAUACAACCGCAACUACAAUCUUAUAUCUUUUGAUGCUCUCAGUGGUGAGCUUUUGUUGCAGAUACUUAACGAUGUUUUUGCUGAAAUUGACAUGAAAAACAAAUUAGAUAUUCGAGAAGAGGAGCCCGAGCAGAUGGCAGUAAGGAUGUUGGGCAUGUUACGAAUACUCAAAUAUAAGCCUCCAGAUGAUAACAUGAGCAAUUUCCGCCAGGGUCUAGUCUCGGGAAAUAAGUAUGUCAUCCAUCCCAUUCUCUCAUGGCUGCUACAGAGAAUGGAUGAGCUAAAAAAACGGGCUUACUUAGCCAAAUACUUGGUGAAGCUAGAUGUUCCUGCUGAGAUGCUUGGAGAUGCAGAUGUGGCAGACAUUCACAUGAAGUAUGAAGAGCUCAUUGAUAAAUUCAAAAUUAUUCAUCGUGAAUAUGAGGCAUUGCGAACUAGUGGAUUUUCGACGACUGAGCUUCGUCGUGACAUCACCACGAUGGAAGAAGAGCGUGACCUUGUCAUGAGGAGAAUUGAGAGAAUGAACCAGAAGGUAGAAGGAACUCCAAACAGUGAAGCUAUGCUGGCAUCAGCUCGUGGGCUACGACAAGAGAGAGAACGAAAGAAGGAAAUGGGACAACAAGAGUCUGAGCUCAAAGCUGCUAUACAGUUAUCAGAGCAGAGGAUUUCACGUCUUCAAACGCAGCUGAAAGACAUUCGGAAGGCUGGCAUAGGAACAACACCUGAGGGGCUUUUACAGAGGCUAGAGGAAGAUGUGAAUGUGAACAGUUAUAUUGUCAAGGAAAAGUUACCCAAGGAACUGACAACUAAGGAAAGGCAGGUGUCAACAUUGCAGCGAGUAGCAGCACAACCAGCAAUGGGCCAGCAGGAAAUAGAUGCUGUAAAUAAGCAGAUUCGUUCACUAACAGCUGAAAUAAACAACCUGAAUGAAGCUCGUAUGAAGGAAGUGGAAGAAGAUGACAGCCCAGAGAGCAAGGUUGGAAAGUUGUCAUUUUUUCGGCAAAAUGCAGCCAUUAUAACUAGGAAGAAAGAACAAGCUGCUGAACGUCUCAAUGAGCUUCGUGGCGAGUUAGCAAACCUUCAGGAGGAUAUGAGGGAUAAGCAAGAUCAACUUCAGCAGUUCUCGGGUGAACAGGUCCUUCGGGGUGAGGAGUUUAAGAGUUAUGUUAAUAAGUUACGAGGCAAGAGCUCGGUGUACAAAAUGAAACGUGCCGAGUUGAGUGAAUUGAGAGCCGAGUUUGGAGUUCUUAGUCGAACAGAAGAGAUUCUCAAGUCCAAAGAGGCACAAAUGCUAGAACAACUUAAUGCAUUAGAAAUGCAGAUGGGGGUAUCAGGCUUCCGUGAAGCUCAAGAGAAUAUGGAAAAAGUGUCAUCCAUGAAAGCUGAAGUUGAUGAACGUAAAGGGCAAACACUUGAAGAAAUGUCUGGCAUGGUCAUGGAGCUUAAUCAUAAAAUUGCAGAAAGAAAAGCACGUUUGGCUCCAAUUAUCAAAGAACUACGCCCCCUGAGGCAGAAAGCCCAAGAUUUGACAGUGGAUUACAAUGAUAAGAAGCAUGCAUAUGACUCUGUGGCAGCCGGUUUAGAUACUAAUGUUGGUAAACUUGAACAAGAAGUUAAGGGCCUUAGGGAUGAGAUUGUAAAAUCAGAAACAAAGUACCAUCUGUUUAAUGCUGAGCGGGAAAUUUUGAGCUUCAAGCAACAGCAGGCGAGUGAAGAAAUUAAGUUAUACCUCUCAAGUGAUCCACAAGAUAAGAAGAAAUCUCUAAGGGAACACCUUAUGGCAAAUAUUAGUGAGCAAGAGAAGCUAGGUCGCUUGCUUCGAGAAGAACAAAAAUCUGUUAAAGAUCUCCUUCAUACUUCUGCCAAGCAACUUAGAAUGUGGCAGGAUGUUGUAAAGCUCUUGGAUAUGAAAAGAAAGUGUUUAGAUGCUGCACGAAAUGGCGGUAAUGUUACUCGUAACAGUGGUGGUGAAGCUUUAGUUUUAACUCUGUAAGGUUAUGUAAAUUAUGCCUAUUCUGUGUGAUAAAAUCAUGCAGCCUAUAUAAUCUUGCCAGCUCAAUUAUUCUAUUUUCUGUGGGGAAGCCCUUUUGGGUUCUGAAGCUAUCAUCACUGAUUAAGUACUACGUAGUGUCAUCAGCUGUGGAGAUCUUUUUGUCUACCAGGGACCACGAGCCAAAACCUGGCCCUGUCAAAGAGGCACAGAGUGUGAUAGUUUAUUGAUCAUUUUACAUUUAAAGCAUAUCAUUUUUGCCAUCACUCUGGAAGGCACCCAGAAAGAUAAGUGAACCUGGUUCCCUCAGAGAGGUGUAGGGAGCAAUGACCUAUGAAAGUUCCACUCUUUGAGAGUAUAUUCAUGUCUGCCAUCGACCGGGGUUCGGUACCCAAAAAACUAGGUGCCCCAAAACAGACUCAAACUAGUAAAAAAUUGCAACCCAAGACCAAACAGAGUCCAAGAACUUCCUUCAAAGUAAGAACAAGGUAAUAUGCAUAUCAUCAUCAGACCGACAUGCCACUUGUUUGUGGAAGGAAGGGAGGGGUAGGCCCUGCCUACAUGAACCGGCCGCCUGCUCACCAGUUCGUUGACUGAAGCUGGCUGGGGCUGACAUCUUCUCUGGCCUCAAUUUCCUGUCAGGAUUUUACCCUGGUGGUUGUACCUGCUGUGUGUUGGGGCAUUGGCCAGGAGUACCAGUAAUUACCUAAGUGGAGUUACAGGAUGAGAGCUACGCUCGUGGUGUCCCGUCUUCCCAGCACUCUUUGUCAUAUAACGCUUUGAAACUACUGACGGUCUUGGCCUCCACCACCUUCUCACCUACUUCUUCAGUACUUCGGGCUGCAUGCACUUAGGGUUAUCUUCCCUUGGCACCCUGUAAGUACUUCCCUUGGGUCACAGGGUUAUCUUCCCUGGGGUUUUCGGGUUCGCACUCCCAUAGGGGUUGCUGUUGCCUGACAUCAGCCUUGCCCUUGGGGUCAGCAGGGGGGUUUUGGUGCUUUUGUUUGGCCCCUGGGUAGGGAGUGUUUGCUGCUGGUUGGGGCGUAUGGUGCUGCACAGCUCGCAUACUAGCAGUGGCUGUCUCUCUCUCUGGCCUCUUGUUGUUGUGGUGUACUUUUGGGGUUUCUUUUAAUUUCUUUUAUGUUAUUUCCUGCCUGGUGGAGGGCUGCCUUGCUUCCCAUUAGGUAUGCCUAGGUUCUGUUUGGUAGUCCUCCACUCGGCCCCUGAGGUUGCUCCCUUCAUGGGUAUUGCCCGGUAAAUAGACGGGGUUCAACUGGCUUUACAGCACCAGUGUCUGGGCUUCCCAUUGGGACACCUCUCCCUUCGGGCCCUGAAAACCCCCGUCGGAGCUCGGGUGACUAUGGAUAUAUCUUCAUAGUCCCAUCUCGCCUUGUGCGAGUUUGAGGGUUGUUCAUUGCCCUUGUCUCAGGGUGACGAUCAUCUGUUUUGCCUCCUUCCUUCGACCCAGAGUCAUGCGAGACUUGUUCCCUGCUCGCCAUCUAAUUCACCCAUUCUUCUUGGAGAGAUAUUAGGGGUCAAGCGGCGGUCUCGUUGCAUGCUUGGUUUUUGUUGGUGCAGCGCACUAGGUUGGUCGCCCACUUGAAUGCCUCGGGGCUGCCCCAUUUUGGUUUUAAGGACCCGGACUUCGGGGGGGGGGGGGGGUCGCCUCGGUUCAGUCCGCACCCCCUCAAGUCCUUUCCCAGUGGGCAUGGUUCGUCCUACUCCUUCCCCUCUGCUGCCCGGCUCCCAAACGUCUGAGGGUUUCAGAGUCGGAGCUGGGUUUAGUUAGCUGGAUGAGACUUGGGCAGCCACGGGGGCUGCCCUAUUCAAUGGGGAGAGAAGGUCUUCGAAGGUCUCCUGUUUCUCCCACCGAGGCUUUUGGGUCUUACCACCAGGUCCCCCUUCUUUGAUGUGUUUUCCUUGGACUCUACCUUUUCUUCAAGGGUGGAAGGCAUGAAGGAUGGCUCUGCCCAGGAGCCUGGAUUUGAGGUUUGCGAGGCUGGAGGGGAGUUGGCCUGUGGCACUUGGGUCCCAUUGGAUCUUGACUGGGCUUUGGUGCCCUUGGGGUGGGGUUUGCUGUUGCAGGGUUUGGGGUUUUCGUAUCCUCCUUCCCUGUAUGGGUUUAAUAUGGGUUCGGCUCCCCCCCCCCCCCUGCAUCAGGUUUGUUUCUGAGUUCCUAUGGGUUCCACAGCUUCAUCCUUCUGGAGGUUUUUCACCUCUCAGAUUUUCCCUGCAGAAAUUCGGGAGGCACUUGGUACAAACCUCCUGUGAGACCCGGAUUUUGCCUCUGAUGGAUCCGGUCUCUCUUGAGUUUGGUUCCUCUUCCCUGUUUUGGGUGCAUUAUGAGGUUCCAGUGUCUUCCUGGCUUGCAGACUGCCCUUUCUUUUCGCUUGGGGCAUGGCACGAUUUUUGUCAUCCCUGCAUGCUAGAUUGGCAAGAGCUUACUACUGUGUUACAGGUUUAAUUGGGGUGGGGGGUGCUUUUGAGAAUGCGUGCCUUUAUGCCCCUGUGCUUCCUUGUGAGGUUGGCUUGCUCCAGUUGCACGCUCAGAUCCCCUCCCUUUCAGGUGCCUUGGUGGCUGAGGAUCUUCACGCUCGAGGGGCAUCUGGCCUCGGUCUUGCGUUUCUUUUCCCUUCUCAAACUGUCCUUGUACUGGCUUGUGGAGGACGUGGAGGCGUUGAGUGUCAGGCCGUCGUCUGGGGUGUUGGCCUCAGCUGCUAGGGCGUCGAGGGCAUUACUGAAACUGUAUGCACCUAUCCUCCGGGAAGCAGUAUCUCUGUUGUUUGCCUCUUGCCUUGUGUGUCAGCAGGCCACUCGCUCUCUCUUUUGAUUAGGCCUGGGCCCUGGCUCUUAAGUUUUUGUUUCCUUUUUGUUCAUUAUUGUUUUCGGACAUGGUUGUUUCUCAGUUUUUGCAGGCGGCUUUUGCUAGUUGCCGUCCUCUCUGAUUUGUUAGUGUUCCAGGGUGGGCGUUCUCGCGCCUCCCGAAAAGAUUGUGCCAGGGCUCAAGCUUCUGUUGGUUGAAGUGGGAUCUUUGUGCCAGCUUCUGUGCCGGUGUCUUCUCCAGAGCUGUCUUCAUCUGGUCAGCACGGUGUUUGCUCUGUGCGUUAGUCGGCUUGCCCCGAUCCUCCGAGGGGAGGAGGAUCGGGGCAGGCUUCUUCCCUUUUGCUCCGUUGGAUCUUCUUGGAGUGGAUGCACUUGGGUGUGGUCGAACGACUUUGUCCCUCAAUUGGGUUUCUCACUUGUUUCCAGUGCCAAAACAGGACUGUGUGGAUCUUCGGUUCAUUCUGGACUUGUCCCGUCUGAACCGUUGGAUUCCUUGUCCCUCCUUUCGGAUGACCACUCUGUCCCAGGUCCUGCUUCUUUUGGGGCUGGGUUCUUGGAUAGUCUCUGAACCUCUGGGAUGCGUAUUGGCACAUCCCCUUUCAUCCAGGGUUCAGGGACUGGUUAGAUUUUGUGGUGGGCGGCAGGUUUACCGCUCUCGUUGCCUUCCCUUUGGGCUGAAUCUGGCACCCCGCGUUUUCACACGUCUUCCCAGGUCGUGGUGGCCCGUAUGCAUCUGCCAGGUGUUCGGGUUUUGGCCUACCUUGCAUCUGGUUGGUUUGGGCUCCUAGCCAGUCCACUUGUCUGCUCGCCAGGGAUUUGGUUCUUCCCAGCUAGUCAGGUUCGUGUGCUUGGUGAACUGGAGGAAGUACCAUUUGGUUCCAUCCGUGGUUUGGACUUGGCUGGGCCUUGUUUGGAAUUCUCGGAUAGCAUCCGUGUCUCCCCUUCCAGUGGCGUUGCUUCGGCUGCAGUCCCGCCUCUGGCUGUUCCUGAGGGGGUCCCGGAUCACUUGGCAUUUGCUCAAGAAGCUAUACGGGAGUUUGAACUUCGCCAUGCUGGUUUAUCCACUGAGUUGGGUUUGGCAUCAGUGUCUGUUCUGGUUCCUUUGGGGCAGUCCCUUCUGCCGCUCUCUUCCGAUCGCUGGGUUGGUUCACGGAGAGCCUUGAGUUGGUUGCUGUGUCUCUGGCUUCCUCUUCGAGUUUUUCGUGGUUCAGUGCUUUGGCGCCUUUUGGAACCCCUUGCUCGAUGUAUUCACAGACGCCUUGUCUCUCAGCUUGGGCUUUGUGACCAGUGCUCACCAAGCUGGCCAGGGACGGUGGUCUCCGUUGCUCUGUCAGGCUCACAGCACUCUAGAGGCUCUACGAUCCGAAUCCAUUGAGACUGCCCAGUUGGUUCAUUGCCUGAACUGCGGGGGGUCUCUUUGGUCCUUGGCUCUUUGGGGCUGGUCUCUUAGAGUGGAUCUUCUGCUGAGUUCUCGGUGUUUAGCUUUCCGUGCAGUUAACAUCAGGGUCGUGUCCAACAUCCUGGCGGACGGCCUGUCUCGGUUUAUUUCCCUUUCCACGGAACGGACGGUCGACGCAACUCCUUCAGUUGGCUUUGCUGGACAUUCCUGCUCCCGGAAAUGCACCUCUUCGCAUCUGCGUGGUCGAGACAUCUCCCUGUAUGUGUGGCAUCCUUCCCCAACUGCGGAGCUGUCGAGGUAGAGGCUUUUCAGCAGGACUGGUCUAGGUGGGGUUGCCUGUACCUCUUUCCCUCAGUCCAUCUGUUGCUUCAGAUUCUGGUUCGGCUGGAGUCCUAUCAGGGGAGGGUUUCAGUCGCUCCUUGCUCGUUGUCCGAACUUGGGGCGUUUUCCACGGCUCCGCCUCUCAGCAGAUCAGGCCAAUGAGGUAACUUACUGGUUCGAUCUACUCUUCCACUUUUUGCGUUGGGCAUUUUGACAUGUGUGUAUCACCAAUUGUAUGGUGAUCAGAUGGCUUCUCUAAUGGUGUCACACCUGCGGUCUUCUCAGUGACAGUAUAAAGUCACUUGUGUUCUUUUUGCCACUUCCUCUCUCUUUCUAGGUUGACUUCUGUUUCUGUUCGUGUUGUUUUGUCUUUCCUUUCCUGGCUAUUCAGGACAGACAUCUUAUGCCGAAUACUGUCAUCUCUCAUCUUGCGGCGCUGGCAGAGCCACUCCAGCUUGCGUUUGGGGUGGAUGUCACUUUGGCUCCCUUCCAUAAGCUUUCUCAUGCAUUUUUCCACCUCUGGCCUGCUCAUGCUCUGCCUGCGCCAUCCUGGUCUUUAGAUCGGGUGCUCGCUUUUCUCUCUCCACCUCGAUUUGUUAAGGCCCCUUCGGUCCAAGAUUGUUUUCUAAAUUAUUCGUUUUUGUUGGCUUUGGCCUCUUGGGGGUCGGUUCAGGUUUUUCUUCCAUUUGCUCAGUCUCCGAACUGGUGAGCAAGCGGCCGGCUCAUGGAGAGGGGGUUGGCACGAACGAGCGGUGCGUUGGUUUGUUGACGAUUUGCUUGUUACCUUGUUUUUCUUUGGGGGAGUUCUUGGGCUCUAUUCGGUCUUGGGUUGCAAUUUUCUACCAGUUGGGAUCUGUUUUGGGGCGCCUACCUUUCUGGGUACCUAACCCCAGUCAAUGGCAGACAUGAAUAUACUCUCAAAGAGUAGAGUUUUCAUAGGCCAUUGCUCCCUUCGCCUCUCUGAGGGAACCAGGUUCUAGCUCAUGGUUCCCGAUUGGCAUAAAACUCCUUAUGACAGAAGCCCCAGACUAAUAUAGCUAAUAUCAGUCUGAUAGCUCAAGGGAGCCGACGGGGCUCUUCUCAGAAAAUGGUGUUUCAUUACAUUCAACUCUAGUUUUUAAAAAAAGGAAAUUUUUACUUGAUAAUACCACUAUAAUAAUGAUAAUUCUUUAUACUAGUUACAGUAUAUCAAAGAUACUGUGACAUACUGGAUUUAAACUAUUGGUUUUUGUAUACGUAAUAAGGUUAUUAUUGUGCCUUAAUACACCUAUGUUACUAGUUGCAAUGUGUGUGGUGUGCUACAAAACAAGUUUGCAUGGGCUGCUCUAGUUAUUAUGAGCAAGUUCUCACAUAGUAUUAUUACUUAGUACAGGUGGUUAUUCUCAUCCGACACACUCAUGUUCCAUUUUGACUAAAAAACACUAAGCUUACUGUGAUCUUAUACACUAAGAGAUUUAGGAAUACAAGUACAGUACCCACACAACUUAUUUUGAGUCUAUUAACUGAUUACAAAGUAAUGCAUGUUUUAGAAAGUGGAAAUCUGUUUAAUUGGAGCACUGUUAUGUAUUAGAAGAAUAAAUGUGAAAUGCU